UUUGCAGCAUCUUUUACUCCUGAAACUUUGGUUUGUCUUGUUUGUUGUCUGUUCCACUCUCCCUCUGCAUAAGUUCUGUAUACGAGGGACCUCUUUUAACAUUGUUAGUCGCUUUAUUUAGAUAGAAUUCAUGUACAUAAAACCCCUUUUAAAGUGCAAUUCAGUGCCUUUUACUAUCUUCACAGAGUUGUGCAAACAUACCCCAAAUGAAACCCCGUACCCAUUAGCAGUCACUCCCCAUUCCUCUCAACACCUGGGACUUACUACUCUUUCUCUAUGGAUUUGCCUAUUGACGUAUUCUUUUUAAAACACCCCUGUAUCCCCAGUGCCCAGUGCUGUGAGGAUGGUUGAUCUCAUCCCCCAUUUUACAGAUGAGAAAACCGAGGCUCGGGACCCCUCAGGAAACUGACUUUCCUUUUCCAAGCCUCGUGUCUAGUGUCUCCCCAGAACUGGGCUGCACUGGGGAGGAUAAAAACUCAGCAGGAAGAGAAGGAAUGAGGUGUGGGCAUCAAGUGGGGUAUUCCCUGCUCAGCCACCUGGCUGAGACCCACACCUGGGCCCUCUCUGGGAGGUCACAUUCAGGAGCAGGCCUGCUGACUGUGGACUGAGGGAACAUGCAUGUCCUCAGUGCUGGGACAGACCAGGACCACUCUCCCAUCAGGGAGCAGGGCACACAGAUGAGGGCAGGGUCCAUCCCAGGAUCUGGACACCCAAGAGAGCUGAGGGCUGCUGGUGUGGGAGGAGGGUGAGGUGAGGGGCAGUGAGGGGCUGUGUGCUGAAGCCUGGUUCCACCACUUAGGAGCUCUGUGACUUUGGGCAAGUGACUGCAUCUCUCUGGGCCUUUCUUUCCCCGUCUGUGAAUGGUAUCCAUCCUGGGGUAUCUCGGGGUUGCUGUGAGCCUGUCAGCCUGUGAGUCCAUGUGGAUGCACCCACCACAGCAUCAGGUAUCACAUGUGGGUGCCCUCCCUUUAGACCCCGGGCCCUAAGGAGCCAAGGCUCAAAAAGGCUGGCGGCUAUCAGAGGCUGAGCGGGGGCCAGAGCCAGCGUUGGAUUUACUGACCCUUUGAAGCCUGUCUCCUCAACUGUAAAAAUGGGUUUAAUAAUCAUUCCUCCCUCCCUGUGAGUGGUGAGGGCUGAGGAUGUGCAGUUAUCAGCACCCUCUGGGCCUCAGACAGGGAAACCAGACAGGCUCCUUGUUCCCCUCCCAGGGCUGCUCUCAUCCUGGCCUCUUUCAUCUUAGGUUUAAUUAGCCAGGCCGCCCCACCCCACAGCCUCUUGGGCGGGAGUCAUCACUCCCAUUUUAUAGAUGGGGAAACUGAGGCACCUAGAGGGAAGUGGUUUGGGGCUGCCGCCUGUGAGUCAACUGUGGAGCCAGGGCUCAGAGGAGCUGGGACCGGGCUUUCCAGCUGGACCUGUCCCUUGGGGUGGAGCCUUGUCUCCAUCCCCCUGGCACCCAGAUAGCCAAUUUUCCAGCAACCUUACCACUUCAUACCACCUCCCAUCUGGAGGGCAGCAGGAUGAGGUUGGGAGGGAGGAGCCUGUGAAGCCUGGAGCAAAGGAGAGAAACUAGUUGGCAGCUGCUAGCAUGGGGGCUCAGGUCUGUUUCAUCUUCAAAGCAGGCUAAUUAGAGCCAGAGGCGUUAGUCAGGCCGGCGGGCUGUGGGGUCUGGACGCCUUCAGUUCUGUGCCCUGAAAACCUGCGGUCAGUGGGGCAUCAGCAGCCUAGGUUCUAAGAGAGGCUACUGGAUAAGGCCCUGCCCAGCUCCCUAGAAGCCCUGAUCCAGCUCUCUGGAAGUCAACAGUACUGGGUUUGGGCACUGCUUGGCCCCAGGUCUUCCUCGGCGAGGCCUUGGUUUCCCGGUGGGUGCUAGGCGUGCGGUGCCUUGAGCGCCAUGAGACACGCCAGGCCGUGCCAGUCCACACGUUUGCAUCCCGUUGUUUUCGCCUUCGUCGUGGUUUAUGGUCUUGCCCCUCCAGCUUUACCACGGUCUGGCUGUCGCGACCCUGGCCAACCGUAGGCGCCGCCUAAGGCAAAGGUCAGCAGUUUCCGCCCGCCGCUCCCCGGGCGCGGGCUCCGCGACCCCAAGCCUAGCGGGUGGGGGGCCCGGGCCGGCGUCGGAGACGCGAAGCCAAGCCCUGAGGCGCCAGCCCGACCGGUUCAGCGGGGCCACGGCGCGCACUUCCUGCGGGCGCCUUGGGACCGCACCUUGCACACCCCCCAGCGGCCAACCUGGGAGCGCGUGGACCCGUACCCCGCCACCCCCACGGGCCGCGCGCGGCUGGCGCAGGGUGCGGUGCGUAUGGUCGCCGGCGUGGGGGCGCCGCUGGUCGCCAUCCUCGCCAGCCCAGUGGGCGCUGUCCAUCUAGGGCCCUGGGAUCGCAGCCCGCGGGCGCAGGCGCGGAGGGACCCCAGCACCCAGGAACCGGGGCCACCCAACUCCACCGCCCCUGCCCGGGCCUGCGGCGGUUUCGGGGAAGGGGGGCCUUCGCGCAUCGGGACAGUUACUCAGCCCCAGCGAAACCGGCGAGUCGGCACCUGCCAGCCUGGCGGGAGGAGGAGGUGGUGGCCCCGUUACCGCCCCGCCCUGCGCGGUGCCCGCCCCGUCCCGGCCGCCCACGCGCCUUGUGCCCCGCCCCUCGCCGCCAGCCCGGAAGGAGCCUGCAGGCCGUAGCGCCGCGGGAGGCUGAGUCAGGCGAGGGACCUGCGCGCCAGACCAUGGGGCCCUUGAGCCGGGAAACCUGGGCCCAGCGCCUGGGCGCCUUCCGGGACAGCCCGUCCACCUUCAUGGCAAGUCCCGAGGGUGAGGAUCUCGGUCGUGACCUGCUGAGCGACCUGAGGAGUGAGAAGCUGAGCGAGCCGACCAAGGUUUCCUUGCUGGCCCUGAGCUUGGAGUACCCAGCCGAGCUGUGGCCCGAUGCCCCUGCAGCCGAGGCAGCCGCCACCUCCUUGCUGGACACCCUGGACUUUCUACCCCCACGGUCCUCAGUUCUGCGGCGGCCCCUGUUGCUGGCGGCCACCACAGCCCUGGUGGCAGGAGGCGCACUGGGGCCCACCUCGGGAGCCUCUCUCCGGCUCCUGCCCCUACUGCUUGGCUUGGCUUCUGGCCGCGAUCUGGGGCAAGGUAUUGGCCCUUCUUCGGAACAGCGCCCCCUGCAGGCCACGGCGUGCGAGUGCCUGCGGGAGCUGGAGAGUUGCAAGCCUGGGCUGCUGGGGGGUUGCCUGGGGUUGCUGCGGGGCCUGCUGGGGCAGGGGGGCCCCGUCCAGCCACUCAGCCUGCUGCUGGCACUUGCCCUUCGCAACACCUUGGUGAUACAGGCUAGAGCCAGGGCCAGCCCACAGGGUCUGCUCACAGCCCAGGUCUCUCCCAGUGGGGAUGGUCCCUGGAACUGGACACUAGCUGAAAAGGGUAAUGCCCAUCUUCAGCCCCAAGCGCCCACCUGGCCAGCAGCUGAGGAGGAAGAGUAUGGCCUUUCAGCGCUAGAGCCCAGUCCUGAGGAGACCCAGGAGCUGCGGGCUGCCGUGGCCCAGCUUCUGGACACCUCAUACCUACUCACUCCUGUGGCCCAGGCCCAGCUUCUUUGGCAGCUGGGAUGGGCCCUGCGGGGUCUGCGGGGACAGCCACCAGUGCUCUUCAAGCCACAGUUGGUACGGCUGCUGGGCACAGCACAGCUGACUCUGCUGCACGCUGUCCUGGCACUCAAGGCAGCCUUUGGCGAGGCACUGUUCACGGCCCAGGAUGAGGCCUUGCUGCUCCGCCGGCUCGUCUUGGCCGCCCAGCACCCAGCCCUGCCCCUGCCGGUCCAUCUCUUCUACCUGCACUGCCUCCUGAGCUUCCCUGAGAACUGCCCACUGGGCCCCGCAGGCGAGGAAGCUGUUCCGCUGCUCCUAGAGCCCCAGCUGUGCCGUGGCCUCCUGCCCAAUCUCCUGCUCGACCCAAUGGCCCUCCUGGCCCGCCUGCAUCUGCUGUGCCUGCUGUGUGCUGAAGAUGAGGAAAAGGAGGAGAAAGGGCAGGGUCAGAGCCCCCGGUGCUACUUAGAGGAGCUGCUGGCCAGCCUGUGGCAGAGGGCAGCCCUGAAUGGGGCCCCCCGGACCUUGGCCACGCUUUGCUUCCAGGCCUCAUACCUGGUUGCUCACUGCCUGGCUGGGCGACCUACAGUGCUGACACCCUUGAUUCAUGGACUGGCUCAACUGUACCAAGCCAGGCCUGUGCUGGCUCCCCAUUUUGUUGACCUCUUGGAUCAGGUGGGCUCUGAACUGGGGGAGCCCCUAAGGGUGGUGUUGCGGCAAGAGGUGGUGUCCAGGCCAGGUGGGGAUGAGGCCCUUCGUUGGCACCUGCAGAUGCUGGCAAAGGUGGCAGACCGGGAUGCCCAGAGUGCCACCCUCAGCUUCCUGCAGGCUGCAGCUGUUCACUGCACAGACUGGGGCCUCCAGCAGGCCCUGCUGCGGGUCUGCCGGGCGCUGCUUCGGGCGGGUGUUGGGGGAGGCCUGGCAGACUUGCUGCAGGCCCUGGCCAGGCAGCUGGAGGACCCUGAUGGACGGGACCAUGCCCGCCUCUACUAUAUCCUCCUGGGCCACCUAUCAGGGCCCAAGCUGGGGGUGGCCCUAGGUCCCUCACUUGCUGUGCCUGCACUGGCUUCUUCACUGGUGGCUGAGAACCAGGGCUUUGCUGCGACACUGAUGGUGCAGGAGGCUCCAGCCCCAAUUCGGCUGAGUGUGGGGACCCGCAGAGCUGAGGGUCCCGUCCCAGUGCUGCAGCUCCAGGUAGAGGUGCUGGAGCCCGUGUAUUCUCUGGAGCUGCGCUUCCGCGUGGAAGGACAACUCUAUGCACCCCUGGGGGCUGUCCAUGUGCCCUGCCUGUGCCCUGGCCGCCCCGCCCGCCCUCUGUUCCUGCCCCUGCAGCCCCGACGCCCGGCCCCCACACAGCUGGAUAUCCGUGCCCUGUAUACCACACCCACUGGCCUCACAUGCUGUGCCCACCUGCCACCCCUGCCUGUGAACUUCGCUGACCUCUUUCUGCCUUUCUCCCAACCCCCUGAGAGGGCCGCAGUGGGCUUCUUUGAGGAACUCUGGGACUCUUGCCUGCCAAAGGGCACUGAGAGUCGCUUGUGGUGCCCUCUUGGGCCACAGGGUCUGGAGGAUUUGGUGUCCCGCCACCUGGAGCCCUUUGUGAUGGUGGCCCAGCCCCCCACUAGCUACCACAUAGCCAUUCGCCUGCCCCCAGACUCGAGGCUGCUGCUAAAGCUGGAGACAGCCCAGGCAGACGGAGUGCCCGUGGUCCUGCGGACUGAUGACUGUGCCGUGCUGCCCCUGGUGGGGGACUACCUCCGUGGGCUGGCAACGGCUGUCUGAGCCCCAAGGCCAGGCCAGGUGGGAACAAGACUCUGGCUCUCGUAGGUCUUUGCCUAAGAGGGGCUGCUAAGGGCCAGGACAGUCCUAUGGCUCCUUUCUUUAAAAACCUACAUUCACGCCGGCUGAGUGGCUCAGUUGGUUAAGAGCUCGCUCAAGAGUUUGA